GGGGACACUCGCAUCAAUCUGACCAACUGCCACAGCUGUAUUCCAGAAAGGCAAGGAGGAAGGGUGGGAAAGCCUUCAGACUGCUCUGUCCCUGGGAAGGUGUUGGCACGAAUGCUCCUGAAUGUGCAGGAGGGGCAGGGAUCUGGGGAGAGCUAGCUGGGCUCUCCUGUAGCCAGUGGUGCCAGAUCAGCUUGAGGGAUUGCCCCAGCUGUGCUGGCUUCAAGGGUGCUGGCAUUCAGUGUCCAAGCCUGGCUGAUGGCCACGCAGUGAGGAGAUCUCUCAGGGGCUGCUCUUCAGUGUCUUCUGUGGAGGUAGAGGGUGCAAGUGAUCACGCUGACAGCCAGGAUUAGGUGAGAGGGGAAUGGGCUACUGGGGAUACUGAGCACCACCAGCCUGGCGAUGGGCUGAUGCCCUGCAGGAGCCAGAGAGCUGGGGACCAGUUGUGGCUGUGGGAGUGGCUGUGGAGGGCGAGGUGGGCAGGUGUGGGCAUUAUGCCCAGUCAGCAAGGGCAGUCCCACAACUAGGCUGUGCCAGCAAGGGUGCAGGCAACACUGUAGGGAAGGGGAGGCUGUGCCUGGGCAUAGUGUGCAGGCUGGGGCCACCAGGUCCUGGUGGGUGUGGGCACUAUGGAGCAAUGCCAAUGGAGGAGCUGGAGUGAUGGAGGCAUAAAAGAGGCUGAGGGCAAAAGCUCUACUCGCAACCUCUGCUCUGCUUGGCCUGGGGAAGAGGAGCCCUGGAGGCUGUCCCACUCUGCUUGCCUGCAUCAGCCUUGUGAGCACCUGUCUUCCAAGAUGGAUGGGGCACAGAUGUGCACGAUUGGAAAACUGGCAUCUUUUAUUGGCUUCAUCAGGUGUCCAUGGUGAAACGUAGACGAGUCUCAUGAAAGUGUCUGCAGCCAGCUGUAUUCUGACGUUACACUCUCAGGGAAAGCUGAAUGCCUGUGGCACUGCCCAUGCUCCCAUCCCUCAAGUGUCCCUGUGCUGCUCCCUGUGGCGGGUGUGCAGGCUCAGAGCAGCAGCAUCCCCAAGGAUUUUCAUGGUGCUGGCAGCGGGCACUGGCACUUGGGCUGUCCUGUGAUGCACAGAUGUGAGCAGCCAGAAAGCUAAAAGCCCCGCAUUUUCACACACAGAGCCAAAAGCAAAAAUCACUUAGGUUUUAUGUUGUGAAAAAGCUUCAGAAAAUUGCCAAAUUGAAUAUUUGGGAAAGUAAAACCCAAUUUUUAUACUAGCAAAAAACCUCCAAAAUGACAACAAAAUCAGUUGGGAAAAUUUGGGGUGAAAUAUUUGCAGUUUGGGGGUGGGCAUUGCUGUGGAUUAUCCAGUGUGGGUCAGUUAGCCAGACUGAGUUGCUUCGUGUGGGUUAUCCCAAAUGAAAUGUCUGCUGAGCAUUAUCCCGGCUGGAACUGGUGUAUGUCAUAUCCUGGUGUUUCCCGUGCAUCUCCCGUCCUCCGUCUGUGUCCUUUCCCUGCUCGUCGGCUGUGACCCCCCGCUCCCUGCCCCCCCUCCAGGCGGCCCCGCGGGACUUCCCGGGCCGGGACCCCGCCGAGCCGCGCUGGCGGGUGCCGCCGUCUGGUCCGUAGCUGCUCCUGCAGCCAAGAAAGCCGCCAAUGCGCGUUGACCGAAAAAGGUGGAGCGGGAUCUCCCUGCUGCAACCCGCUGGCCAAAAUGCCGAGCUGCAAGUGGACGGCUAAACCCGCGUGUGCGCACGGGGCCGGCUAUGCGGGGCCGUGGUCUGAGCCGCCUCCCGGUAAGGACACGCCGCUGCUGUCCCACGGGCACGAUGGCGGUGGCACUCGGAGUGCAAAGCGCGGAAUUUCGGCGCCGGUACCGCCGCCCAGCUUUUGAGUGCCCCUGGGAGCCGCUGCCGGGCCUGGUGCCCGCGCGGUGCUCGGGAGCGGCGUGGCUGAGCACCGGGCGCGUGGCUCGGCGGUGGGUGAGGGAUGAGGUCGCGGCAGCGGUGAGAUGACUGAGAGUCUCAGCGGGUGCGGAAUUGCCGCCUCGGGGCCGCCCGGGAUGGCGGGGUAGAAGCUGCAGCCCACCCACCCCGGCUCCCGGCCCGGGAGUAAGCGGCCACAUCCCCGGGCUGGGCGCCUCUCUGUGUCACCAGAACUCUCCUGAGUCUCCACCGGCCCUGCUCGCCCUGUGCCGCUGCCCCAGCUCCAGCAUCCCCCCUGAAACCUGCCCUGUGCCCACUGGCCACCCUCAGCCCUGUCGUGACGGCGGCAGGUUGCCCGUCGAAGUGUCCCCAGAAGCCCCUGCAGAAGGUGGGAUUCGUGCAAGGGAUCUACAGUAAUAACAGUCGCUGCUGCUUCUUUCCCUCUGCCAGAGGCCGGGCUGAGCAUGAAAGUGUCCACUCUUCUCCGAAGCAUCCCUGGGGGAUGUCAGUGACUGUACUCACUUCGGGCUUGUGUGGGUCAUUAGUGUCACCGAAAUUGCGGGAAAAACAAUAAAAAACCCCAACCUCUCCAACAUUUUUAGUGUUAGAGAAUCAAGGCAUUACUUUAUUUUGGCCAGGAUGUGGUUCUGGCCAGGAUGAGCAACAGAAAUAAUUUCAUCCACGCAUUGACUGCAUUGUGCAGAGAAUAUCAUUCUAUGACACAUAGUCCUUUACUAGAUUUUUCACAUAUUUUAUACAGUCAAAACCCAUAGCAAUUCAUUGGUUCAAUGUUCAUUGGUCCAAUGUUCAUUGGUCCCAAGUUGCACAGUUCUUAGUAUUUGGUUUCCUAUUGGACAUGAAUUUCUUUGCCUUAGAUGCUAAUUAGGUCCUCAUUCUUACCUCUCUUUUCCCAGACCAGGUGUCUUCCAUCAUGCCAGGGGUGAUGUCUGGAAUUGAUGUUCGUUAAUGAUCGUUAGUGGUUGUUAUCUUUUGUGCUACUCCCAGUCUGUUGCUCAUCAGACCUUGCCUGGUGAACCAGUCCCCUGAAAAGAAACUUCAAUUCCCUUCCCCCGGGGCAAAGGCGAACUAAAUUGACAGAAGUUACAAAAAAAAAAAAAUUUAACUUUAUAUAGUUUCCAACAUUAGUACCGGCCUUGCUCCCUCCAGGGCGUGAGCUGAAGAGGGACAGGAUGAGCAAUUACUGGCUCAGACAGGAGCUGCUGUGGUAGAGCCUGGAGAGGCCAUAAAAAGGCAAGGAAAUAAAAAUUGAAGGCCAUCCGGCUGGUACCCACCUCCCUCUGCAGGCAAGUGAGAGCCUGCUUCUCUGGGUGAGAAGGGGAAAGAAGCAUCUGAACAGGCAAAUUUUCCCGGCAGUGCCAAGAGUCAGAGCUGAGGUGAGUCCAAGGUCCCUUGGGCCCUUGUCUCCCCUCUUGUGUGUCUCAGGGUCUCUUUGUUUCUCUCCUGGCCCCCCUUUUUUUUUUGCAUGCUGCUGUGAUUAUUUUCUUUUGCUUCCCUAUAUCUCUUCUCUUGUCUCUGUUUUGUCUUGCUUCCUCUUCCUACCACAUUCCCUUUCCUUUUUCUCUCUGUGCUUCUGUCUCACACCAGUUCCCUUUCCUUUUUUCAUACUCUGUCUCUCUUCUGCAGCUUACAGCUGUUUUUUCCUUUUCCAUCGAUUUGUUCUGAGUUGAAUCUGCCUCUUUUCCUCUCACAAUUUAUCUGGCCUGUUCUUUGGCAUUUUUUUCCUCUCUGUACCUCUGUGUACUGCAGUGUGUCCCUGCCUUCCUACCUGUUUCCCUCCUUCCUUUUGUUUCUCUCUCUAUCCAUUUGUUUUGCUAACUGUUGCUGUGUUUUCAGUUCUGGAUCUCACUUUCCCUUUCCAUUUUCCUGUUCAUUUAUUACUCUCUCUCAUCCUUUUGCUGUUUCCUGACCCUGAUAUUUAUUACUUCACCCCUCUGGCCCUGUUUUUUCUUGUUCUUCAUAUCUCUGUCAUUCUCUGUUGCUCUCAUUGUCUCUAUCCCAGUGUCCCACUCCCUGUCCUUCUUUCUUUCACGGUAUCCCACUUUGUCCCUCGCCUGGUUUCUAUAUUGGUCUGUUCUUCCUCUUGUUUUCUCUUGUUGCUCUGGCCUGCUGCCUGUUGCUGUCUUUUUUAAAUUUUUUUUUCCAAUCUGUCCCCAUUGCUCUGCUUCAGUCCUGUCAUUCUCCUGCUCUCUCUGUCUCGAUGGUCAUAAACGUAGAGACAGAUAGGUUUGUGCCGAAGUGAUUUUACAAUGGUUGCAGAUUAUUUUGAAGUUAAUUUCCUUAGUGACUGCUAAGGAAUGGACCUGAGACAUGAAUUGAAAUAUAUUCACUGUCCGUAUUCCUUGAUGAAGGAAUGCUCUAAGGAACUUGUCUGCUGGCAGAAAUCAGGGUUUGUUGGUCUGAGCCUUCGUUUGAAAAAGUCUGUUGUGCACUGAGAUGUAGAAUAUAGAAGUAUUACCCUUCCAAAGCCAUCUGAAGAUAACGAAGACUGUUGCAUGAAGGUUUUACUGGUAUCUCAUUUUCUUUUGAGGGAAAUUUGAUACUUGUUUAUGGAUAUUAUUGCAAUAACAGUGGUCUGUGUGAAAAUAAUCACAGUAGUGAUAGUGAUUGAUCUGGUGUUUCUACGGGAAAAAGCUUGGAUCAGGAAUUCUCGUUGUGCCGUGAGCUCAGUGCUCCCCUACCCAGGGGCUGCUCCUGCAGCCGGGGCUUUGGGUAAAAAAAAAAGCUUUGGCUUUUUCCCCAGCUUUCUGCCUGUGACCUGCUGCCACUGGAAGCUCAUCAGAGGCAAAAGUCUCUGUUCAUUUGCCCAGCUGUGACUGGACAAUUCCAGCAGUUUAUUGCAGAGAUUACGUCAGUCCAUGGUUUCGAUGCUCCAUAGUAUAAAAUCACUUCUGCUGUUCAAGCCAACACAGUAACAUAGUGCAGAAAGAGGUUUUCUGUAUGUUUGGCAUGCAGUUCCACCUGAUAAAACCCUCCCUCUUUGCUCCUGAGCUGAGCACUUGCUCUGUUUGCAGCCUCUUCUACAGUGAGGACUCAUUGCAAUGUUAAUGGCAGGAGUGGAUCGUGUGAACACACUUGUGAAUACAAGUUUGGGGAGGUGGAUUGUUUUUCAGGGUUGGUCGGUUUGUUUUGCACCAGUCAGUCCUGCCAGGACUUAAGAUUCAGUGGCAAAAAUAGAAGAAAAAACCCUCAUGUUUGUAUUUACCAUCAUUACUACACACCAAACGAUUAAGUACGGUGUUACAAAGAGAUGCUGUGGGUGGUGUCACACGCAAACAGACGCGGCACCCACCCGCCCGCGUUCCAGUGUUGCCACUAGCCGGGCUCGGCCCCUCACAGCGUGCCCCGGAGCGCAGCUUCCCAGCAGCUGGGACGCUCUUCUCGCACUCCCGGCAGUGCUCCCGCAGGCUUUAUGUCGUCGCCGGGGAGGUCCGAGGCGGCGGAGCAGACCCUACUCGUGGGGAACUUGGAGAGCCGGGUUAGAGAGGAGAUCCUCUACGAGCUCUUCCUGCAGGCUGGACCAUUAACCAAAGUGAUGAUUUGUGAGGACAAAGAAGGAAAACCUAAGUCUUUUGGAUAUGUCUGCUUUAAACACAAAGUAUCAGUGCCUUAUGCAAAAGCUCUACUGGAUGGAAUCCGUUUGUAUGGAAGACCAAUUACUGUGCAGUAUUGGAAGGGGACUUCUCACUCACCAGAACUAGACAGCUGUACGCAUGGUUUUGAAAACCAUAUUGACUUAGAUUCUCCUGCAGACAGGCAUCAAGAGCCUUCUGGAAAUUCUCCAUUUCCUUUUACUCCUUUGCCAGUGAACAACAGUUUACUUCAUGAUCACCCUGGUUUUCAAGAGGUGGUGAGUUUUUGGUUAAACCAGCAGUACACAGUACAGAGUCCAAUAGGUUAACAAUUUCCGUAUUAGCAGAUGACUCCACCAAUGCCUUCAGAUUUAACAUUUCCUCCCUAUCAGAAUCAAACUGCACAAUUUAAGACUGCACAGAGUUCUCCUGAAUUGGCCACAUCCAAGUGACUGUGAAGUGCAGCGAGUGGGAUGAAAGAAAGAAAGAGAAAAUGGCAAAGUUGUGACAAUGACACUAGUACUGAAGAUAAUAAAAGGAGACAAAGACAGCAUGACCAAAACUGCAGAAAACACAAAGCCAAGAAAAAGACACAUUAAUACUGGAUAUUUUUUAUUAUUAUAUUUGCUUUCAUCUUUCCUGUUUGAAUCUUAUUAAAGAAGGAAUGUUCAAGA